GUUGCCAACAGAACAAGCGUGGGGUGUGCGUAGUCCUGCUGUUUGAUUUAUUCAACAGAUAAUACUUUUCUUUGAAUUCAUUUUAUUGUAACAGCUAAUGGUUUUGCAUACAUAACUCUUUGCCAACCAAUACAUUGGAAAUGGCUCACUCCAACAAUUAUACUGGACAGCAUUCAUUCGGAUAUUGGAUGAAUCAUGAGGGUUCAAUUGUUCAAGAAGAUGGGGAGAUAAGCCCUCCUGGUGAACACUAUAGUAUAAACACAGAAUCCAGGAGAGAAAGUGAAAAAGAGUGGGAAAGAAAUAGAGAUAGAAACAGAGAUAGAAUCAAAAGACGAUCCAGGUCUAGAUCAAAAUCAACAGAAAGGAGACGACGUAGAGAGAGAAACAAAAAAAGAGACUGGAGUAGUGAUUCGGGGUCAAGUCGUAGUCGAAGCCGAAGCCGUGCUGACAGACGAAGAAGUCGAAGCCGUGAUCGCAGUAAAAGGGAUCGUGAUAGAUCGUCGUAUGAUGAUCAUCGAGAAAGGGAAUAUGAACGAACGGACAACUGGAGAGCUGUGGCUCCCAACAGUACCAUUAUGGUCAGCAAUUUGCCGCUUCACAUUGCUGAAACCGAGAUUCGCGCAAAUAUCAUGAUGUAUGGACUCGUUGCCAAAGACAUUCGGCUGAUACGGAGAAAAGAUACGGGUACUUCACGUGGAUUCGCGUUCGUUGAGUUUAAUCGUCUUCCCGAAGCUGAACGUUGGAUGGAAGUCAAUCAGGGAUGUCUUGUGUUGGAAAACCAGUUUCAAGCUACUCUUCAAUACAGCAUCUCAAAAGAUUCUUUCAACGAUAAGGCUGCCAAGGCGGCUCAAGAUUGGUUUUGUAUUCAUUGUGGCGAACACAAUUUCAAGCGCCGUGAAGUAUGCUUCAAAUGUCAAUCACCACGCAGUGAGUCUGAAUUAAUGAAUGAUGUCCAGAGAGAAAUCUCUCAUUUUCCCACAAGCACCGUCUUGUUACGCAACAUGGAUGUGUUAACGAACGAAGAUCGCGUUUUAAGUAUUUUACAAAGUGUCCCAGGAGUCGCCACAUUACCCAUAAAGUCGGUUCGUAUCGGUCGUGAUCCAUUGAAUAACAUUUCACGGGGAGUUUGCUACCUUGAAAUGAACAACACCAACGAUGCUAUGCGUCUGUUUGCUGGUUUAUCGGAUGUCGGACGCCUCGAAAUCGAUGGUCGAGAAGUCAUGGUGUCAUACUGCAAACAAGGAAAUACAUCUUUGCCAGUCGCCUCGGUGUCUAAUGCCACUAAUUCUUUAGCACCGGCAGGUGUAACUGCUGUCGCAGCGGCGCAAUGGUCUGUAAGCAAUGCGAACAAUGGCUCACAGGUCGCUACGCCUAGCAGCAAUGGUGAAGUAAACUUCACUGCCUCAGAAAUUCCGCGAUUGGCGGAAUACUCGGCUUCCCUUUACGCAAAAACAGCAGAAGAGCACGCCUCUUAUUUACAGUACUAUACGCAAUACUACACGAAUCAAUUGCAAUCUAGUUCGGAUAAAUCGCAGAAGAGUUUAGCGCCAGAUUUAAGCAAAUACGUUUACGAUGAAAAAUCUGGUUACUAUUAUGACACGGCUUCCAAUUUGUACUAUGAUUCUAAAACCCAAUACUUUUACAAUCCGCAAACACAACAAUUCUGUUAUUGGGACAACGAUAAAAAUUGUUUUGUUCCCGUUUCGGCGGAUGAGAACAAAAUGGGAACGUUAAAUAAUACCCAAGAGGAAAAGAAGGAAAAAACGGAAAAGCAGGACAAAGUUACCGUUGCAAAAAAGAUAGCCAAAGAUAUGGAGAAAUGGGCUAAAACUCUUAACCAGCGAAAGGAGUCAACGAAAGUGGCAGUUCCAGCUCCGGCUUUCGAACCAGAACCAGAACGACGAAAAGAACCUGAACCAGCAUCAACAACGGACAAGUCGAGUCUGAAUGAAGUACUUCAAGUGCUGCAGAGAAAACAAUUGGCUGAAAAGAAACCAUUAGGAGCGUCAGCUCUUGUAGCAUACGGCAGUGAUAGCGAUAGUGAUGGUCACGAUGAAAAGAAAACUGCAGAACUCUUAGAGAGUUUGAUUGAUUGGAGCAAACUCGCUUGUCUUUUGUGCAAGAGGCAGUUUUCCAACCGAGAAACUUUGGUCAAACACCAACAGUUGUCGGAUUUGCACCGACAGAAUCUUGAAGCUUGGAAAAAACAGAACACUCCAGUUGCCUAUCGUGACCGGGCUAAAGAGAGAAGGAAGAAGCAUGGCGACAGUGAACCCAACAACCAACGCAAGAAACAAGAGUCGGUCUCGAGAUCCCGGACAGAAUCGGUUCCAUCCGACUACGAGCGUCCAUCGCAGAGUGGAGCCUCGCUAACCAGUAACAAUGUUGGCAAUAAACUGUUGCAAAAAAUGGGCUGGCAGGAAGGACAAGGCCUAGGCAAAUCAAAUCAAGGAAGAACCACCAUCAUAGAGGCCGACCGUCGCAGUGCCCAAGCUGGUUUAGGUAUGAAAACUUACGCGGUUGCAGGAGAUGAUUAUCGCCAAAGCGUCAAGAAAUUGGCAAUGAUGAGGUUCAAAGAACUAAACGAUGAUUGAGCUACCAGUUUUCUUUCUGCCUUUUUACCGUAGUGUAACAGUAACACUCCAUUAAUUACUUGUUAACCAGGUCGCUACUGAAUCCCAUGUCCAUGAAAUACAUCCUACUUCAAAUCCAAGAUAAA